CUAUCCCUCUCUCUCUCUCUCUCACUCUCUCUAAGAAAAAUAUACCCACUUUCUCUCUCUAGACUGAGAGUGAGCUAUGGAGAAGAAGGAUCAUUUGAUAAAAAUGGAGGGCAAUACUAGAUCCUCAUCAUUUUCACAAACUACAGCUGAUUAUAGCUACCCAUUUCCAGGCAUGUUUGAUUUCUCUCAAGGCGAUCAGAAGGACUCGUUAGGGUUUGUGGAGCUUUUGGGUAUCCAGGACUUUUGUCCUGCUAAUUCCCUCUUUGACUUGCCACAGAUCACUACACCACAAGUACUGCCGACUACUUCCAUUGAUAUGGCGAAAGAGUACUCUUUCAAUCCUUCAACACCAAACUCCUCAUCCAUUUCAUCCGCUUCAAGUGAAGCUGUGAACGAGGAACCACAUACUGAUAAUAAAGCUGCUGCAGACCAACAAGAAGAAGAUGAUGGUCAUGACCAACCAGAGCCCAAGAAAGGGUUGAAAGCGAAUCAGAAGAGGAAGAAGACAACUGAGAAGAAACUAAGAGAGCCUAGAUUCGCUUUCAUGACAAAGAGUGAGGUUGAUCAUCUGGAAGAUGGAUACAGAUGGAGAAAGUACGGCCAAAAAGCCGUCAAAAACAGCCCUUUCCCCAGGAGCUACUAUCGGUGCACCAGUGCCUCAUGUAAUGUGAAGAAGCGUGUCGAGCGAUGCGUCAACGAUCCAGGCAUCGUUGUGACGACCUAUGAAGGCCAACAUACUCACCUAAGUCCUCUUAUGUUGCCUCCUCCUCCAACUACUGCACCGAAUAGCAUUAGCAUGCCAAGAACCCUAUUCUCCCAGUAUCAACAGCAACAAGGACUGCGGCCAUUUGUGGAUAAUCAAGGCUGCAAUUUGGGUUUCUCGACACCAAAUUGUACAAACCGGAGUUUUCUUAACGAAAGGUGGUUUUGCAGCCCGGCAGGAGGUUCAGCUUUGAUGACAGACCAUGGCCUUCUUCAAGACAUAGUCCCCUCCAAUAUGUUGAAGCAAGAGUAGUAGAUAGAUAGAAAUGUAGAUUAUCAUGAUCAGAUAUUCCCAUCACAUUAUUGCUACUUUAUUAAUGUACUAAUUUAGCUUGCUGACUUUGUUUAAGAGAUGCAGAUGGUACUGGUAUAUAUAAUUUUGUUGUUGAGCUUGA